CAGGCGGAGAGCCUGGGGAAGGGCGGCGGCUGGGCCGGACCCGCUGGGCCGCGUCCGGUUCUGCGCAGGGCCCAUGUACGGCCGAGCGCCGUGGGUGCUGAGAACCUCCAGUUUCCUGCUGCGAAUCCUGUUUUUCUUACCUGAAUCCCUCUCUCUAUAGCCUGAGCCCGGUCCCCCCUGAGAGCCUCGUAUUUCCGGCCUGAUCCCUAUCUUCUGCAGCCUGAACCCCGUGUUUCCGGCCUCAUACUCAUCUUUUGCAGUCUGAAUCCCAAAUAUUCUGCCUAAUUCCCCCUCGUUGCAGCCUGGACCCGUGUCCUUGCUGAGAGCCCGAAUUUCCUGCUGGAAGCCCCGUAUUAACCCAAUUCUGCUACCUCUGCAUUGUGAACCCAACGUUUCUUACUCGACCGCGAAUUUCUUGCUUGGUAGCCCAUUUCUGCAGCCUGAACCUAUGUUCUCAGUAGAGAACUCUGAAUUUCCUGCGUGGACCCCACUGUGCAUCCUGAACCCCCAUUUCUUCCUCUUGACCCCCUCUCUGCAGUCGGAACCCAAAAUAAUCCUGUUUGAAUCCUAUCCCUGUUGCGAACCUAAAGAUUGGUGUCAGAGGCCCAGUCUUUGCCUCCUUUGCUCCCCGCCCCUGAUCUCUCAUCGUUGCUACAAACCCCGUAUUUCCUGUUGAACUCCCUACAGCCUAAGUCUCAGCCCCUUGUAUGAGCCCCAUCUUUUCUUCUUGUGCUGCUCCCACUCUGUGAACCUGGGUCCUGCUGCAAGCCCCAUCUCUCCUGCCUGGCUCUUCUCCCUGAAGCUCCUCUCUUGCCAUGAACCCCAUAUUUGCUCCCCAAACCCUCUGCUAACUGCCCCAUCUCUUGUCUGAUUUCCAUACCUGUUAGAAUCCUUAUUUGCUUCCUGAAAUCCCUGCUGCCUGUGCCCUCUGGAAACCCUCUCCUGCUCCUGUGAGCCUCUCUGCGUAUACCCUUGUUUUCGCUGGUGGGUCUCCUCCUUGUCCCUGGUGUCCUUCCUGCUGCUUUGACUCCCCUCCCCCAUCUUUCCAUUUCUGUCCACAGCCCUGGCUGUCUGUGCCAGGGGAGUCAUGUCGUGAACGCCUGCAUCUGUCCCUGUCCUUCCAGGGAACGGGCAGCUGUGUGCCCUGAGUGUGCUGCAGCCACCCUUGAGGCCUAAGGCUUGGAGGGUUGUGAGCUUUGACUGGAACGCCUGCUGCUGCUGGCACCUCUGGCGUCAGUCCUGCAGCACCUUGAGCAUAGUACUCCCUUUUGCCACAGCCCCGAGUCAUGACGGAUGCCCAGUAUGUCCUCUGCCGAUGGGAGAAGCGAUUGUGGCCUGCGAAGGUUUUGGCCAUCACUGAGACUUCAGUGAAAAACAGGAGAAAAAAAGAAUUAUUUCUAGAUGUUCAAAUACUCUCGCUAAAGGAAAAGAUUCAGGUGAAGAGCUCGGCCGUGGAGGCGCUGCAGAAGUCGCACAUUGAGAACAUCGCUGCCUUCCUGGCUUCUCAGAAUGAGGUCCCGGCUGCUCCCCUGGAGGAGCUGGCCUACCGGCGCUCCCUGCGAGUAGCCCUGGAUCUCUUGAAUGAGAGGACCAGUUUGGGUCCUGAAAGCCAUCCGAUAGAAGACGAGACCACACUGUCCCAGAAAGAGAAGCCACACACAGAUAUGGCCUCUUGGGUCCCCAGUGCUCCCCCUCCAUCCUCCCUCGGUGAAGAUGGCGAGGAUGCGGCUGCUCAGCGCACACCCAGGAGGAGGUGGGAGUGUGUCCCACAAAGCCUGUCAGCGUGGUCCUCAUCCGGAGAGGACCGUGAGACCCCAAGAGCAGCCUUGCCCUCUCCCACUGAGGAUGGGUCUCAGGACAGUUCUGGGUCACGACUGGACCGUGGACAGGAGGACAAAACCAAUAAGAGGCGGAGGAAUUUGGGAGAGAAACCUACCCAGCACCACAAAGCAGAGUCUCGUCUUUCCAAGGGAGAGAGUGUUGUAGACAGCGAGGGACAGGGAAGCAGCUAUACGACCCCGGCUUCACCAAGGCUGCUCUCCCAAACCCGUGACGAGGACCCCUGUGCUGGGGUGAAAGGCUGUGACCGGGUUGUACCGUCAGGCAGCAGCAGGCUACUUCCGGCCUCUCAGAGAGGCAAAGGACACCCCACAAAGAGGCCACGCUUGGAUGGAGGCCAGAACCCACCGGCCAGUCAGCUGGGGCCUGGAACUGUGGGGGCAGUGCCCUCCCCUAGGAGCUGGUCUGGGGAGGCUAUGGUACCACACAGUGACACUGACAAACCAGAGGAAGCAGAUCCUGUAUCCUCAGAAGAGUCCACAGGGUUCAAGUCUGUCCAGUCCCUGCCAGAGGAGGAGGAGGAGGAAGAGGAGGAACCACCCCGGAUCCUUCUGUAUCACGAACCACGAUCAUUUGAAGUAGGAAUGCUGGUCUGGCUUAAAUACCAAAAAUACCCGUUCUGGCCAGCCGUGGUCAAGAGCGUCCGGAGGAGAGACAAGAAAGCCAGCGUGCUCUUCAUUGAGGGCACCAUGAACCCCAAGGGCCGAGGAAUCACCGUGUCUCUUCGAAGGCUCAAGCACUUUGACUGUAAGGAGAAGCAUACGCUGCUGGAGAGAGCCAAGGAGGACUUCUCCCAGGCCAUCGGCUGGUGUGUCUCGCUUAUUACCGACUAUCGAGUGCGGUUGGGCUGCGGCUCCUUUGCUGGAUCUUUCUUGGAAUAUUACGCUGCUGAUAUCAGCUACCCUGUGCGCAAGUCCAUCCAACAGGAUGUCCUGGGGACCAGGUUUCCUCAGCUGGGCAAAGGGGACCCUGAGGAGGAGCCUGUGGGGGACAGUCAGCCAGGACAGUGGCGGCCGUGUAGGAAGGUGCUGCCAGACCGCUCCAGGGCCGCGCGAGACAAAGCCAACCAGAAGCUCGUGGAGUACAUUGUGAAGGCCAAGGGUGCCGAGAGCCACCUGAGGGCCAUCCUGCACAGCCGCAAGCCCUCACGCUGGCUGAAGACGUUCCUGAGCUCCGGCCAGUACGUGACGUGUGUGGAGACGUACCUGGAGGAUGAGGCGCAGCUGGACGAGGUGGUGGGUUACCUGCAGGGCGUCUGCCGCGACAUGGAUGGCGAGGUGCCUGCACGAGGCAGCGGGGACCGCAUUCGCUUCAUCCUGGACGUGCUGCUGCCCGAGGCCAUCAUCUGUGCCAUCUCUGCCGUGGAGUCAGUGGACUACAAGACAGCGGAGCAGAAGUACAUCCGUGGUCCGACCCUUAGCUAUCGGGAAAAGGAAAUCUUUGACAACGAACUCCUGGAGGAGAGGAGCCGUCGCCGUCGCUGAUGCUACCACCCAGCCAGUGAGGCUUUCACAGCCUGCCGGAGGGCUCUUCGAGAAUGCACUGGAAGCAAGAGGCCCAGAAGUGUGCUGACUUUGAACUGUGGGCCCCGUGUCAUCAGUAUUGUGUCUGUGAGAUCAAAUGUCAUUGACACACCAGAAGCCUGCUGGCAGCUACAGACAGCCACUUUCUGGAAGUUUCUGUGCGUGUAUGCGCAUGUAUGUUUGAUUUUUGUUUGUUUUUUAAUUAUUAUUAUUAUUAUUUCAUUUAUAAAUGAGUUUGGAUGCACAUGUA